AUGCAUUCAUUCAUUUAUUUGAUGACAAAUUUUCCAUCAAUUUCAGGUUCCAAAGGUGUCGGUACACGUUUCGAUGAACAACGUUUAACAUUGCGUAUACAUCGCGGGCGUGGAUCGACAGCGCUUGAUUCGACGCAUAGCAACGGUAGUACUUAUAGUACAUCCACAACUAUAGGCACACCAUCACCGGAACGUUUAAGCAAAUACUCGACAAGGCGUUAUCAUCCAAAUCAUGAUAAAAUCAAAAUUUCAGUAUCAUAUCCUUCAAGUGAUAAUAUAACGGCAAUGACUACUUCUCACGAUCAUCAUGAACAAUCGAAAACUCAGCACCACGAAAGGGAACAGCGCACGCCAUCAACUUGUAGCGGUAAUAUGCUGUACGCUGUUCAUUAUAGUUCAACAAAUGGACGAAAUAUGACCGAAUCUCAAUUGUAUAGUAGUCAUCAAAGCAGUAAUUAUUACCUACAAGUGGGUAAGACAAUGCCUGAUAUGUUAAGACGACCAUCGGUCGUUAACGAUCAAAGCUCUCAACUCGGUAAUAUUAGAAACAAUAAAAAGAUGGGCAAACGCAACAUUAAGGCGCAAGUUAAACGAUUCCGUAUGGAAACGAAAGCAGCCAAAACUUUAGCUAUAAUUGUUGGUCUUUUCAUAUUCUGUUGGUUGCCAUUCUUUACCAUGUAUAUAAUACGUUCGUUCUGUGAGGAUUGCAUUGAUCCUUUACUAUUUUCGGUAAUAUUUUGGUUGGGUUAUUGCAAUUCUGCAGUAAAUCCAAUGAUUUAUGCAUUAUUCUCUAAGGAUUUUCGAUUUGCUUUUAAACGGAUUAUUUGCCGUUGCUUUUGCCUACGUAAAAGUUUAAAUUUGAAAAGUUCACGACGCGGUUCCGAUCUAUCAGCGAUACGCAUUGGCGGCAUUCGAACACCAAGUAUAACGCCCAGCGCUGCAGCUCAUUCGUUGGGCGAUGAAUCCGAAUUGCAAAAUUCUGAAUUGAGUAGCGAUCCUAGAUGA